CAACCCGGCAUGGAGGACGCAAACAACACGCCGGCAUUGUUCCACGUUGACUCCCCUCUCAACAAAACCUCAACAAGUGAAGAAGACGACGUGGAGCUGAGUUACCAAGUCAUCACGUCCUUCCUUUUAAGCGCGCUUAUCCUGUGCGCAAUCUUUGGGAACGCGUGCGUGGUGGCGGCCAUCGCGCUGGAGCGCUCCCUGCAGAAUGUGGCCAACUAUUUGAUCGGUUCUCUGGCCGUUACCGAUUUGAUGGUAUCGGUUCUGGUUCUGCCCAUGGCGGCGCUGUACCAGGUGUUAAACAGGUGGACUCUGGGUCAAAUUCCGUGCGACAUCUUCAUCUCUUUGGAUGUGUUAUGCUGUACUUCGUCUAUCCUGCACCUGUGCGUCAUCGCUCUAGACCGCUACUGGGCCAUAACCGAGCCGAUAGACUACAUGAAGAAGAGGACACCUCGGAGAGCAGCGGUUCUGAUUAGCGUCACCUGGUUGGUCGGGUUCUCCAUCUCGGUGCCGCCUAUGUUGAUAAUGCGCUCCCAACCGAACAGCGUGGAUGAAGACAGGAAGAACCCAAAAGAGUGUAAGAUCAGGCAAGACCUAUGGUACACAAUUUACUCCACGUUCGGUGCUUUUUACAUCCCGCUUAUGCUCAUGUUGGUUCUAUACGGGCGGAUAUUUAAAGCGGCACGGUUCCGCAUCAGAAGAACCGUGCGUAAAAGUGAACCAAAGAAAGCGACGCACUCCGGCUUGGCUUCAUCCCCAGCGCUCUUCCAUAAAAAGACUCCCAGAGAGGCGCAGACUAAAAACUGGAAACGGAGCGUCGAGCCCCGGCCAAUGCCUUGCGUAAACGGCGCAGUCAAACACGCCGAGGAUGGAGAAUCCCUGGAGAUCAUCGAAGUCCACAGCAGCCUCAAAGGAAACCUUCUUCUCCCCGGCACGCCGAGUACGGUGCCGCUGUUCGAGAGCAGGCAUGAGAAGGCCACCGAGGCCAAGAGGAAGAUCGCUCUGGCUCGGGAGCGCAAAACUGUCAAGACGCUCGGCAUCAUUAUCGGCACAUUCAUCCUCUGCUGGCUGCCUUUCUUCAUCGUCGCACUGGUCAUGCCCUUCUGCCAGGAGCGGUGCUACAUGCCCCGCUGGCUCAUGGACGUGAUCAACUGGCUGGGAUACUCCAACUCGCUGCUUAAUCCCAUCAUUUACGCAUACUUCAACAAAGACUUUCAGGGGGCUUUUAAGAAAAUAAUCAAGUGCCAUUUCUGCAGACCCUAGUUCACUUUUCAUGGCUGGCUUGUGGAGAGCAGCAGUUCUGAACUAGUACGGAAAUUGUUCUAAAAAAAUCAAAAUAAAAAAAGACGUCCAUUGAUUACCAUGCAAAUAUUAACCAUUGCCAGAUGCAUUUGUGCAUAGAUAAAGCUGUGAACCUAUCUUGUUC